AUGGGGACUGCUGCCCCGGCUAUUCUGAUCGAUGCCUGUUCGUUCUCAUCCCUUCUCGGGCCAUCCCCACUAGUGGUCAUACACCAAGACGUCAGGUCGGCUUUCCGCGAAACUUUUGCCGCUGCUGACCCUAGCGUGGAAACCGAUUCCUUGCUUCAUCGUCGCUGGAGCCGGCUAAUACCAACCGAAGAGAGCGGAGCUAUCUCCUUUAAGGUUCAGCUCACUCUCAACGCAUCCACUGAACAUUUACUUGGCGCCACAGCAGAAGAUCUCUUAGCAAACCUUGGAGUGAAUCGGUCUUACCUCGCGUCGGCGAUAGAGUAUAUGUUACCGUGCGGUAAAUACGCCAUAGAGCAAUGUGACCCCGAGUCUGGUUUAACUGAAGUCCAGGAUGAUGACAUCACACUGUCUAACGGUACCUUAAUUUUGAACAUGACGAAAAAAGAGCUCCAAUUCAGCACAUUGUUGAAGAAAGUGGGUUAUGAUUUAAAGAAAUCAGAAGGUGGAAAUGUUGUUUCUGAGACAAUUCAAUUGUUCAUCUGCAACAUUAAAGGUCACACCAAGUCCGGACAGGCACAACAGUUGCUGUAUCUAAUUGGCACCGUGGUUUCAUUGGUGGGACUUCUGCUGACGUUUAUCACUUACGCCAUCUUGCCUGGACUUCGCACGGUCCCCGGCCUGGGCACUAUGAAUCUGAUAGCGGCGACGUUUAUGGCUCAGCUGGGACUGCUGGUAGCCGGCCAAGCAGCGAGCAUCGUCCAUCCCGUAUUGUGUACUGCUUUGGCGGCGUUCCUGCAUUAUGUUUGGUUGGCAUCGUUCUCCUGGACCUCGUGUCUCGCUUUGGGUUUGAGUCAAGCGUUUGGCAGCCCGAUCGGCAUGAAGCGGCAACAACGAAGCAGGGUGUCCACCGCGAAACUAAACGCCCUCUAUGGCUGGGGAACACCUGGGCUCAUCGUGGCCGCCUGCUUGGCCGUCCACUUCGCUGGUCACCAGAGCGGGGCUCUGUUGGUUUACGGCGGGGAUAUAACGUGCUGGAUUCAUCCUAAGAAGGCUAAUCUGGUUGUCUUCGGGGUACCAGUGAUGUUGUCUCUCAUGGCCAAUAUUGGUAUGUUUGCUAGGGCUGUGAGAGGGGUUCGAGCGUCCAAGGCGACUACGAAGUGCUUGAAAGCAGACGUCUCCUUCGCUCAACGUGCCAGACAGGAAAUGGUCAUUUAUGUCAAGGUCUCCUUGCUGAUGGGUUUCUCGUGGUUGUGGGCACUUCUCGGUUCGUUCACCAACAUCGACGCCUUCUGGUUCGUCUUCAUCAUCUUCAAUUCCUUCCAGGGCGCCUACAUCUUCGUGGCUUUCGUCUGCAACUCCAGGGUCCUGCGUAUACUCCGGGCGAGGCUCCGCGGUAGUAGACUUGACCAACCACGAGCUGUCCGUCAGACGACCCGACGGGAACGGAACGGAAGGCGAAUGCCGUCUUCGUCCAAUAAGACUCGCAGUUCGAAUGGUUCGUAAUAUCCUAGCUUGUUGCAAGAACUCAUGGCUGUCCCAUUGUACACAAUCAUGGGAGCGUGGUUGUGGACAUCGCGCACACGUUGUACACAAGGAGGGAGGGAGCGGUUCGAAAAAAUGCGUUUAAUAAUAAAUUUGUUUUUAACAAAUUAUCCUGGACUCACUUUUUCCAUGUUAUACCUUUCAACAAUUGAAAAUCGGCACAACACAUUACCUUUCACUUAUACCGUAUGUAUCUAACUAGUAUCAGUGCCUUUGAUCUGAUAAGUCAAAGAGCAGUGAGGAACAAGGCUUGUUCCCUGACGUAUCAUUAAUAUUUCAGGCAGGUAGCUGUUACCGUAAAGAUAGAGUAUGACGUAGUGCGUAGGACGCCUCCAUCUAUUUUGAGAUGCAGCGCGCACACAUCCGUUUGUUUUAUUAAACAGUAAACAUAAAUUGGAAAUCUUUGCGUAAAAUAAUAAACAGGGGAAUUGAGAAGCUUAAUCUAAUUGUAAUGCAUAUGUAAGGGAAUCUGUAAAGAAAAGCUAUUUCUAUGUAGGAACCCCUCUCGCGAAUGCUGACUACUUGGAGAUCAACGAAUAGGAUUGGUAUAUUUCAGCCAAUUUCGGAAACUUUGGGGAACAGAGUCACGUGAUUAUGGUGGCUACUGGACCUAAGACAUAUCUCGAACUAGUCGGUACCUCAAGACCAGACUAGAUAUGGAAACACUGCGAGUUGUGCCAUGCGAACGGGGAGGGGUCUAAAAACGUCAGCAUUUUGUGGUACCUACAGGGACAGCCCAUAUACAUUGAUAAAGGCUUUUCUGUGUCUGUAUGUAUAAAACAUUUGCAUUAUGAAGUAUAAAAUUUUCUGCAUUAAUUUGCUGACGAAACAUCAAUGUUCCUUUCCUAGGAUGGCUCAUGUCCUCAACCCCAGUUUCAUAGAAAAUCAUAAAUGUUCCACCGGAACAGCAGCAAGAAUUGUCAGGCGUCAUUUCCCGGCCGUAUUCAGGAAUACUGAUGGCAGUAGUGUAAUUGAAUAGAAUGUUGACCAAGAUUCAAACGACAUCACUGUAUCAUUUAUUUCUGAUGAUGUUCUCAAAACGUCAAGAUUGUGGUUUUAAACGGCGUCAUGGCUUAGCUCACUUUACACGUUGUACAUAGUUGACUUUCACAUGGGGACAUGUGCAUAGUUCUGAAAUAACAAACAAACUUGUGCUCUCAUCCUGUGCAUGAUAACAUUGAUAGCAUCAACAGCUUCUGUUCGCAUUCCAGAGUAAUUUCCAAUCAAAUUCUCUUUCAUAUCCUUAUUUGUGUGAUUGGCAGAUAUGAAAUAUGUAAUAUUUUCUUUGAUGUGCAUGCUGGUUAUUGUUAUACUGUCUGGUAGAAUGAUUAAGAAGGCCUGUCCUAUUUGUAUCACAUCAUUGACAUUUAAUAUACUGUGUGCCAGUUUAGUGCUUAAUAUACGGAAAUAGGUAUUCAGUUUUGACUUGAAAGCCAACUUGAUCCAACAAUAACACUGAACAGCUGCAGAAAUCCCA